AUCAAAAGUACUUAACCUCGCAUCAAACCUAAAUUAUCCUGUCACUACGUACAAAACUUCGACAACGCCAAGAUAAUUCUUACAUGCAAAGCAAAGCCGCCUCAGUCUUAUAGAUUUGCCACAGGGUCACGCGCUGCAUUAUCCAACAUGAGCAUGGGCAUCGUAACGGAGAACAGAGUUAUACCUAGGCUCCCCCGUCAUUAAAAGAAAGUGAUGAGAGCGACUGAGAGAGACUGAGACACGCAUAUCAACCCCAAGAGAGAUACCUGCGAUAAGAUAACUACUACGCAUCCUGAGCGGUCCUCCCCAUAUGAUUAUCGGAACUUCCACUGGCGCCCUACUGACCUACCGCGAACAUGAAGUUCGCUCAUGAGUUCAAGGAGGCCCUGGAGCGAGAAGGGUUUCCACCGCACUGGGUCGAAGCUGCGAUACCUUAUGGCCAACUGAAGAAAUGUAUUAAGAAGGUGGAGCGUGAGCUUAAAAGUUUUGGUUUAGAUGCCCAAACUCUGGGUCUCUUGGUGCCGUCCAGCGACCAGAAGGAUCAAAACAGUAACGAUGGCACCCCCAUAGGGUUCAAAUACAGGUUCGCAGGCGACUCUGAUGUCUUCCGCCCGACCUUGACUCUCUAUAUCCAGCGGACUCAGGGAAGCGAUAUUGCUAUUGAUGCUACUCUAUCACCCAGUACACGGCAGUACUUGCAGAAUCUUGCAGAUGCACAGGCAAAGGAACGUGGCCAGAGCGCUGCUGCUGGCCAGCCUGGAGACAUCGUCGAGUCUAAAGAUGCUAUGCCUAACGCGGAUGCUGAUUCUACCACGCCUUUUAUAGAUGCCAACUCGGACGUCCAGCAGGUAGAGGUGCCUCUGACAUUUGACAUCGAGUUUUUUGGACUGCUGAAGGACGAAGUGUCUUCUUUGGAUGAAAUUCAAAAGGCCGAGCAAAGGGCCAUGACAGACGAGAUAAAGGCUCUAGGAGACGAAAUUGGAAAAUUGGCUUUCCCCGCCAAAAACAAUAAGACCGAUAUGGGUCGCUGGCGGACAAUCUUUGACUUGUAUCUCCAAGCCGGGGUGUUCUUCUCGACAAAUGAGUUUGAUCGCGGCAGUAGGGACAGCAACGUGGCAUUGAAACAGCUCAAGUGGUUCCAAGAGCAAGUUACCAAGCUGAAUCUACCAAAGUCCUUCAAGCUUGCCAACAGUCGAGAUGCUCUUGAUAGAUUCACACGGAUCAAUGUUACGCUUCUACGAAAUUUGAAGUUUCAGGAAAUCAAUCAACUUGCUGUCACGAAAAUUCUCAAAAAAUUUGACAAGAGGACAUCCCUCGGUGCCAAGAAGGCAUUUCCUCCGCUGAUACAGUCAGACCUACUCAUGACUGAAACUAUGGCCAAAGCCGUCUGUGCUGGGGUUUCAAACGAGAUAAUCCGCAUUGUCCCACAGCUGGACGAUUAUCUCUGUCCGGUGUGCUUCACCAUAUCUUACAAACCUGUUCGAUUAAAGUGUAACCACGUUUUCUGCAUACGAUGCAUGAUCGAGAUGCAGAAUGCCAAUUCUAAACAUUGCCCUCUCUGUCGAGGAGAUGUUGUCUUGGAAGCAGAUGCCUCGAGUGUCGACAAGAAUUUGACUGUCUUCCUCAAGAAAUAUUUCCCGAAGGAAACAAAGGCCAAACAGCAGGAGAAUGACAUCGCGGCUAGCGUUGAGAUGUAUGGCGAAGACUUCGCCAAUGUGAAGUGCUUGGUGAUGUAGUCGAGGCAGGCACUAUGCGGCAGCAGUUACCCUCGAUCUUGCCUUGAGACGUUGGAGGGAUGUCGUACAGUUCUCCACAGCCGGGGUGGAGGGGAGCAUGGGGUGGCAUAUUACAGGCAUCUUUCGCAUGGGUAUAGCAAUUGUUGUAUGAGCAAGCAUGGAGUUGUAUAUGGGGUAUAUAGUUUUUCUUGCUUGCUUGACGCGGGUUUGGUACAUAUUUGAUGCCUGGCUGGGCUCCGUGCCUGGCGCGUAUAUUUAAUUAAUUUAUAUUGUUAUUAUUUUAUCAGUUCAUGACAAUAAUACCCUAUAAUAAUUUAUCACGGG